UAGAUUGUUGUUAACUGUUUAUUUAUUGUUAAAUUUAUUAAUAAAACUUGUAGUGUUUAUAUAAAAUGUACGAUUAAAAUACAUUAUCGAUGAGUUAAUGUGUUAUAAGGAAUAGAUAAAAAAUCAGUGUUAAAUUGAAAUAAUGAAAAGUAUUACAAAAUAUUUAGGGAAAAAACGAAAAUAAAAAGAUGAGCCAAGAGUAUAAUGGAUCAUUAUCAGGAUUAUGAAGAAGAAACGUUUGAAGAACCAAAUAUCACGGAGCAGAUUUUCCAUAAUAGCGUCCGAGAACAAAUUAUAUUCUUCCUUUUGUUCUUUUGUCUCUACAUUGGGAGCUAUGGCAUUGUGGGCAGAUUUAAACGAAAAGGCAAAGAAGAUUAUUAUAGCGGAGACGAAGACGAAUUAACCGUUUACAGAAUAAGCACCUGGCUAUGUACAUUUUCCUUAGCAGUUUCCAUAGGAUCUCUACUAUUACUUCCGAUUUCCAUUGUCGCCAACGAAAUCCUAGUUAAUUACCCACGUAGUUAUUACAUAAAAUGGCUCAAUGCAUCAUUAAUACAAGGUCUUUGGGAGUAUGUUUUCUUGUUUUCAAAUUUAUCAAUGUUUGUGUUUCUUCCAUUUGCCUAUUUGUUUACCGAAUCCGAAGGCUUUUUUGGCCAUAGAAAAGGCAUAUGGGCUAGAGUCUAUGAAACUUUUACGGUUUUUGCUCUAUUAGCUACAGCAGUAUUAGGAAUGACUUAUGUGCUUUCCGCUUUGCUUAAUGGAGAAGACUCAAGUUUUAUUCCAAUUUUUAAUUUGUGGAAUUAUUUACCAUUUUUGUACUCUUGCAUAUCGUUCCUAGGUGCUUUGAUUUUGCUUGUAUGUACUCCAUUAGGAUUUGUACGUCUUUUCGAUGUAGUGGGUAAAUUUUUAAUAAAACCCCAAUUUCUUCUUGAUUUAAAUGAAGAAUAUUGCUCGUGCGCUUUAGAAGAAGACUGUUUAAUUAGGAAUUUAAAAUUUGCCCCAGAUACAGUUGAUUUUCUAGGUUAUUCCUGGGCCAGUACUACCCCAAUUUUUGCUGAAAAUGGUUAUGGACAUGAUGACUUUCUUUUAAGGAGACAGGUGCUUAAUGGAUCUAUUAAAACUUCUUUAGAUAGUAAAUUAAUUGAAAUUGAAAAGAAAAGAAAAAUUUUAGAUAAACAAAGAAAAACUUCUUCGUUGAGAAGAAAUAUUGUUUAUCCUUUUGCCAUGUUGCUGCUUAUAGGAUUAACAGUAAUCGCCAUUUGGUUGGUGUUGCAAAAUACACUUCAACUACUCAUAGGUAUUAAAGCUUUGCCCAGUAGUUCCAAGCAAUUUACAUUAGGUGUUUCCUGUUUAUCAAAAUUAGGACCAGUUGGUGCAGCCCUAGAAAUUAUCAUGAUUAUGUAUUUUAUCGCCACAUCGUCCAUAGGCUUUUAUACAGCUCCCUGUAUAAACAAAGUCAGACCAAAAAGCCAGAGUACCUCGUUUACUCUUAUUAUUGCCAAUUGCGCUUUGGUUUUGAUUAUCAGUUCGGCUUUACCCUUGAUAUCGAAAAUAUUAGGUAUAACAAAUUUUGACUUGCUAGGCGACUUUGGAAGCAUCGAGUGGCUAGGAAAUUUCAAAAUAAUCCUCUUGUACAACACUUUAUUCGCCACAGCUUCCUCUUUAUGUAUCGUCAAUAAAUUUACAGCUAAAGUACGUAGGGAACUAUACGCCAGACUAGUUGAAAAUUAUAUUUACGUUACCAAUUGCGUGUCAUUUCUUAAUUGAACCCAAUCAGCAUCUUAUUGUUUGUGAUUUUUUUUUGUUGUUGGUUUAUUUAUCAAGUGCUGAUUUUAUUUGUAUCCUGUUUUAUAUACAAUUCCUUUUGUGUGAUUUGAAACGAAUUUAUUGGCAUGAAUUAUUAUUUUUUAGGAUAUAGAUAGAUAUUCCUUUAUCUAUAUCUGUCGAUUUUGGAACCUACAAUAAGGUAAUAGAUAAGACUGAACCGUAUCUAUUUGUAAUGUUUAAGUUAAGUUAUUGUAUUGUUUUAAAAGCCUUUGAGACUGAAGAGGGAAACAAUAAUCCCUCAAAAAUUUUGCUCAGAUAUUUAACUUAUUAAAAGGGUUUUUUGAACAAUACGUCUUUAGUGAUCAACAUAAUUUUUGUCAGUAAUUGUUUAUCAAUUCCAUGUCUAAUGGUUUAUUUAUUUAUAAUAAAAGUCUGCGUAUCUUCAA